CAGUGAGCAGCAUGAGAGCUGCGUUGGCUUCGGGCCUGCUGCUGUAACAUCGACAGUCUGCUGUCAACGUGUUGAAUAUUUUUUGUUGUGGCUGAGUAGCUACCUAUAUAAUUUCUUUUAGUAGUUGGUGUACACGAACCUGCAUCAAAAUGAGUUUAAUUGCAAAAAUCGCAGAAAUCGAGAACGAGAUGGCUAGGACCCAGAAGAACAAGGCUACGGCUCACCAUCUGGGUCUGCUGAAGGCUCGCUUGGCCAAGCUGAAGAGGGAGCUCAUCACCCCAAAAGGAGGAAGUGGGGGUGGCACAGGAGAGGGUUUCGAUGUGGCAAAAACGGGUGAUGCCCGCAUCGGGUUUGUGGGCUUCCCGUCAGUGGGCAAGUCGACGCUUCUGAGUAACCUCGCUGGUGUGUACUCGGAGGUGGCUGCCUACGAGUUCACCACCCUUACAACUGUGCCUGGCGUCAUCCGUUACAAGGGUGCCAAGAUCCAGCUCUUGGAUCUGCCUGGUAUUAUUGAGGGAGCCAAAGAUGGCAAAGGUAGAGGGCGACAGGUUAUUGCAGUGGCACGUACCUGUAACCUGAUCCUGAUCGUGUUGGACGUGCUGAAGCCCCUGGGCCACAAGAAGCUCAUCGAGCACGAGCUGGAGGGCUUCGGGAUCCGCCUCAACAAGUCUCCGCCUAACAUCGGCUUCAAGAAGAAGGACAAGGGUGGCAUCAACUUCACCGCCACCUGCGCUCAGAGUGAGUUGGAUGGUGAUACGGUGAAGAGCAUCCUCUCUGAGUACAAGAUCCACAACGCCGAUGUGACCCUGCGCUGCGACGCCACCGCUGACGACCUCAUUGACGUGGUGGAGGGCAACCGGGUCUACAUUCCCUGCAUUUACGUGCUCAACAAGAUCGACCAGAUAUCUGUGGAGGAGCUGGACAUCAUCUACAAGGUCCCUCACUGUGUGCCCAUCUCCGCUCACCACCGCUGGAACUUUGAUGACCUGCUUGAGAGGAUCUGGGACUACCUGCAUCUAGUGCGCAUCUACACCAAGCCCAAAGGGCAGCUCCCUGACUACACCUCUCCUGUGGUCCUGCCUGAUGGCCACACCACAGUGGAGGACUUCUGUCUGAAGAUUCACAAAAACCUCGUCAAAGAGUUAAAGCAUGCACUGGUGUGGGGGGCGUCGGUGAAGCACAACCCGCAGAAGGUCGGAAGGGAGCAUUUAAUGGAGGACGAGGACGUGAUCCAGCUCGUGAAGAAGUAGACAUCGAUCGGAAAAGACCCCAAGGACACUAAUGCUUUGCAUGAUUCGUUUCAAAUUCUGGGGAGUGAACUCCACUUCCUCAAGGGCCAAAAAAAAAAAAGACAUCCUCAAUGCCGUGAUCAUCUGAUGUUUGAAAAAGAAAAUACAAGGCAACAGCCAUAAUACCAUCGAAAUGUUUGUAAAUAAGUGGAUUUAAACCCCCAUCCCAGUCCCUACCUACACACCCUAUGUCAUGCUUACAAACCAUUGAAGGGGAAUGAGGUCUUGCAUCCCCACAUAUGUGUUUUAAAAAGGCUUGAAAAUAAAGACAAGGUAAAGGUGA